ACCGAAUCUGACAUCACUACCUAGCAGUUUGUGUAGCUAGCAAAGUGGUUUGUUCUUGGGGUAGCAGAGGAGGAAAUUGCUCCCUGUCUGAUAAGACGACAGCAAAGAAAGGACGCAUGCUGUUUCAUAGGAAUACAGCUGAUUUCCAGAUAUGACCAUGUAUUUGUGGCUUAAACUUUUGGCAUUUGGCUUUGCCUUUCUGGAUACAGGCGUGUUUGUUACAGGAGAAGACAAUACUCUUUCCAGUCCUGGACUGAACUCAACAGAAAAGCCCAGUGUUCUGGCUCCAAGCGACCCCUUACCUGCCCGCACCACUGCAUUCUCACUUACAAGCAUCUCUGAAAGAGAAUAUAACUCCUCAGAGACCACGCCUACUCUUAGUCCAGACAAUCCUUCAACUGAAGACUUCCUGAACUCUUUGGAUAAUGCUAAUACUCUUAAUGUGACAGGAGUUACACAGCCGCCUACCUUCCCCACGCACGCAGACUCGCAGGCGCCCUCUGCCGGAUCUGACACGCAGACACCUAGCAGCACUGCUACCCCUCCCGCACUCACCCCUGCCCCGGGGAAGAAUGACACAUCAGGUUUUCCAGGACAGACGAUUCCACCCAGCACCUUCCCUGCAGACACAGCUUUCACACCAGUAGCGACCCUCAGCCCCGCACUCAGCAGCUCUGCUGCCCCACCCUCACUCAUCUCCAGCAUCACCACCAAAGAUAACUCCUCAGAUCAGAGUCUUACGUCCACGUCACCCGCAACAAGCAUUAUGACUGCUUCCGCAACAGUUCCUACUACACCUAAGCAAUCAUGUGAUGAGAAAUAUAAAGUUAUCAGUGUGAAAUAUCGUUAUGACUAUGGAAAUAAUUCAUUUAUAGCAAAACUAAAUGUUAGCGAUGAUGUGAAGUGUGAAAAUGCCAUAUGUGAAAUGAAUGAGAUCCGUAACCUACCAGCAUGUGAAAAUAAGAAUGUUACUAUCAGUCAUACUUCUUGUGAUCCUCCAAAUAAAAUUAUAGAAUUGGAUGUACCACCAGAUCCUGAAAGUUUCUAUUUGAAAACUUGUACAGAGCCAACAAAAGCAAAUAUUUCUAUUUGUUUAAGACUGGAAAAAAAGGAAAACUUUACUUGUGAUGAAAAAAAGAUUACACACGUACUUAAAUGUGCUAACUUUUCUUCAUCUAAUGAGACCGAAACUUAUUUGGAACCCCUUUCACCUAAACAAAAUUAUUCCUGUAAUUUAAAAGUAUUGUAUGGUGCCAAUGAGUUUUUGAACAAAAAUGAAACCUUUGAAACAGAUGUUGGAAGUCCAAAAGCACCUCCAAAUAUUACAUGCAAGCCUACAAGCUCAACAGAAGGAAUGAUCACCUGGGAAAGCCCUGAAGAUUAUUUUGAUUAUUAUCUUCUCUGUUUGCUGCAUGCUUCAGAAGAAAACUGCAUAGUUCUGGGUAAAGAGGAGACCAAAUAUAAUUUGAAAAAUUUGAAACCUUAUACAAAGUACAGUGUGUCAUUAAAGGCUUCCACCAUGGGAAAAGUACGACGUGAUGGACCUGCUGUGACAUGUGAAUUUGACACACUUGCAGAUAAGCCAACCAAAGUCAGGCACUUACUUGCUUCUCGGAUAUCAGAUAAUAGUAUUCUUGUGAAGUGUGAUCCUCCUUCGGACUUUAAAGGCCCCAGUAAUGGAUCCUACCAUCUGGAAAUCAAAACUGGAGAUGCCUUUGUUAAAAAUGAGUCACAAAUAAUUUGCCACUUCUCUGUACUAUAUCUUCAAUAUUCAACAAAAUACGAAUUUAAGGUCUAUUACAACAACGGACACCAUAAUGGAACUCCAGAAUCUGUUUUUCAUUCAACAUCUUAUAAUUCUAAAGCAUUGAUUGCAUUUCUGGUAUUUCUGAUCAUUGUGACAUUCUUAGCCCUGCUUUUCGUUCUCUACAAAAUCUAUGACCUGCGCAACAGAAGGUCCAGUGAUAUAGAUGAACAGCAGGAACUUGUUGAAAGGGAUGAUGAAAAGCAACUGAUGAGUGUGGAGCCAAUCCAUGCAGAUAUUUUGUUGGAAACUUAUAAGAGGAAGAUUGCUGAUGAAGGAAGACUGUUUCUGGCUGAAUUUCAGAGCAUUCCACGGGUAUUUAGCAAGUUUUCCAUCAAGGAUGCUCGAAAACCCUUUAACCAGAACAAAAACCGUUAUGUUGACAUCCUUCCUUAUGAUUACAACCGUGUUGAACUCUCUGAUAUAAAUGGAGAUGCAGGGUCAAAUUAUAUAAAUGCCAGCUAUAUUGACGGUUUCAAAGAACCCAGGAAAUACAUUGCUGCACAAGGUCCCAGGGAUGAAACUGUUGAUGAUUUCUGGAGGAUGAUCUGGGAACAGAAAGCCACAGUCAUUGUUAUGGUCACUCGAUGUGAAGAAGGAAACAGGAACAAGUGUGCAGAAUACUGGCCGUCAAUGGAAGAGGGCACACGGACUUUUGGAGAUGUUGUGGUAAAGAUCACCGAGCACAAAAGGUGUCCAGAUUAUAUCAUUCAGAAGUUGAACAUUACAAACAAAAAAGAAAAAGCAACCGGAAGAGAGGUGACUCACAUUCAGUUCACCAGCUGGCCUGACCACGGGGUUCCUGAGGAUCCUCACCUGCUCCUCAAGCUGAGAAGGAGAGUGAACGCUUUCAGCAACUUCUUCAGUGGCCCCAUUGUGGUGCACUGCAGUGCUGGUGUUGGACGCACAGGCACUUAUAUUGGAAUUGACGCCAUGCUAGAAGGCCUGGAGGCAGAGAACAAAGUGGACGUUUAUGGUUAUGUCGUCAAGCUAAGGCGACAGAGGUGCCUGAUGGUUCAAGUGGAGGCACAGUAUAUCUUGAUCCACCAGGCCUUGGUGGAAUACAACCAAUUUGGGGAAACAGAAGUGAGUUUGUCUGAAUUACAUCCAUAUCUACUUAACAUGAAGAAAAGAGAUCCCCCCAGUGAGCCGUCUCCCCUAGAGGCUGAAUUCCAGAGACUUCCCUCGUAUAGGAGCUGGAGGACACAGCACAUUGGAAAUCAAGAACAAAAUAAAAGUAAAAACAGGAAUUCUAACAUCAUUCCAUAUGACUUUAACAGAGUGCCACUUAAACAUGAACUAGAGAUGAGCAAAGAGAGUGAGCAUGAUUCAGAUGAAUCUUCUGAUGAUGACAGUGACUCAGAGGAAACAAGUAAAUACAUCAAUGCGUCAUUUAUAAUGAGUUACUGGAAACCUGAAGUGAUGAUUGCUGCUCAGGGACCACUAAAAGAGACCAUUGGCGACUUUUGGCAGAUGAUAUUCCAAAGAAAAGUCAAAGUUAUUGUUAUGCUGACAGGGCUGAAGAAUGGAGACCAGGAAGUCUGUGCUCAGUACUGGGGAGAAGGAAAGCAGACAUAUGGAGAUAUACAAGUUGAUAUGAAAGACACCAACCAAUCUUCAGCUUAUACCCUCCGUGUAUUUGAACUGAGACAUUCCAAGAGGAAAGAUUUUCGGACUGUGUACCAGUACCAGUAUAAUAACUGGAAUGUGGAUGAGCUUCCUCCAGAACCCAAAGAAUUAAUCUCUAUGAUUCAGAUUCUCAAAGAAAAACUUCCCAAGAAGAAUUCCACCGAAGGAACUAAGCAUCACAAGAAUGUGCCUCUCCUCAUUCACUGCAGAGAUGGAUCUCAGCAAACAGGACUGUUUUGUGCUUUGUUAAAUCUCUUGGAAAGUGCAGAAACAGAAGAAGUGAUAGAUGUUUUUCAAGUAGUAAAAUCUCUGCGCAGAGCUAGACCAGGAAUGGUUCCCACAUUUGAGCAAUACCAAUUCCUAUACGAUAUCGUCGCUAGUGCCUAUCCUGCCCAGAAUGGACAAAUAAAGAAAAGCAACAAUCAAGAAGAUAAAAUUGAAUUUGAUAAUGAAUUGGACAAAGCAAAACAGGAUGCUAAUUGUGUGAGUUCACCUGAUGCCCUUGAUAAGGCCAAUGAAGGAAAUAAAGAAGAUGAAGGUGCUAAAGUCACAAGUAGCCCUGAGGAGCCAGAACAUUCCGCCAAUGGUCCUGCGAGUCCAGGUUUAACUCAAAGUGCAUAGGAAAAGAUGUAUACAGGACUCAUUGUGUUGUGUUAUUUCUAUUUUUCUAGGAGUAGGAUGGCAAAAUAGAUAAACAGUGGAUUAAUGAAGUGCAUUGGACCAAUAUUUGUGAGAAGUUUCUAUUUUGCUACAGUAGAAACAUAUUUAAGAUAGUUUUGCUAAAAUGUUUUGUACAGUCUUUUGCAUAUGUUAAAAUUUUACCUACCAUUAAGCAAAAAAUAACAUCUUUGUAGACUUAGAUUGUGUGUGUGUGUAUGUGUGUGUGUGUGUGUGAGAGAGAGAGAGAGAGAGAGACAGAGACAGAGACAGAGAGAAACAGAGAUGGCAACAGGAAAGGGAGAGAGGAUGCUUUUAAGUGAAUUUAAGUGCUUUUGAGAAACCUUGCCUUUUUUUGUAGAAAAAACCCAUUUUAUGUUGAACAUAUUAACUUAGCUUAAAGGACCUAUUUUUUAAAUCAUAAAUUGUGUGUGGGAUCUAAGAAUAAAAUGUACAUUUCUGAAACGACCUCAAGAUGUCCUCCUUGUUCUACUCAUAUAAAUCUUAUAGUUUACUAUUUUACUUCUAGAAAUAGACAUAAAAGUAGUGUGUGUGUGUGUGUGUGUGUGUGUGUGUGUGUGUGUGUUUGUGUAGUUACUACAAGAAAGUUAACUGUAUUAACAUUUGGAAAUCUUACAUUCCAUAUGUUAGCAUUUAGUCCCUAUCUUUCAAGCUCAUUUCAUCUAAUUUAAAAUUUUCAAGCAAGCUUAUCUUGUUAUACUCACAUGGUGUUUAUAAUUUUGCAGUAAUCUCUGUAUAAUAUGUGAAAUUCAUUGCUUGAUACUUUUGACCAAAAAUUAUAUGUGUUGCAGUUGAAUUUAAAUAAACAUCUUUAAACAAA